AUGUUUCCUGUUUCGAGUUCAUUGUUGAUAUUUAUAUGUACCUAUUUAUUCAAUAUUGUGCAUGGACAUGGACGAUUAGAGGAGCCACCAGCUCGAAAUGCGGCAUGGCGUUAUGGUUUCAAUAUUCCGGCUAAUUAUGAUGAUGUUGGGUUGAAUUGUGGUGGACUCGGCGUGCAAAAAUCAAAUGAUGGUAAAUGUGGAAUAUGUGGUGACUCGUAUUCGGGUACUCGAUAUCAUGAAACUGGGGGAAAAUAUGCAACUGGAACGAUUGUUAGAACAUAUUCAUCAGGAUCAAUGAUUGAUAUCAAAGUUUUGUUAUCAGCCAAUCACAAGGGUUACAUGGAAUUUCGGCUGUGUCCAUCACUCAACGAAUACGUUGAAAUUACUCAAGAAUGUUUGGAUCAACAUGUACUUGAAAUUGAAGGAUACGGAAAACAAUUUCCAGUUCGAGAAGGAAUGGAUUCAAUUUAUUUAAAAGUUCACUUACCAUCUGAUGUGUGGUGCUCUCAUUGUGUUAUACAAUGGCGUUAUCAUGCCGGUAAUAAUUGGGGCAUAGAUUUGGAAAGUGGUAAACAGUGUUUAGGAUGCGGUUAUCAGGAAGAGUUUUAUAAUUGUGCUGAUAUAACAAUAGUACAUAAUCUUUUUCCUUGGCCUUUUACCUCAACAAUAUCUACUGUGAGUGCGACAACUCAGCUACCUUACGACAUCAUCACGAAUCCGAUAACAGCUACCACUAUAACAUUUCCGAUUCUAUUUUCAACAAUACCAACUACUACUGUUAAAACAACAACAUCGUUAGAUGUCAUUAUUCCGUUUAAUCCAUUAGAAUUAUUCACAGAUAGUAAAGAAGAAGCCCAAAUUAAAUGUUAUGCAACCAGUGAAGCUUUAAAGCCUCUAGUGGGUAUUGAAAAAUGGUGUAAAGAACUGUGUAAAGUUGAUUGUCCACCAUCACUGUGUGUUUGUAUUGAAAUAUAA